ACCAUUCAAACUGACUGCCUUCAACGUUUGCACACUUAUUUAGGUUGGAUAACAGAUAGGGCUGGCUAUGUCUUUGGGAAGUCUUAAUAUCGAUGUUUGCUGUCUAUCCGAGACCCGUAUUCAAGACUUUGGUGAAGUACUACAAAUUCGCUCUCCAUCUGUCGCUUCGAAAAGCUUGUUUUACGUGCGCUUAUCCGGUAACCCUGUGGCAUCUUCGUCUGGUCUUGCUGGCGUUGGUGUCGCACUAAGCACUAGAGCUGAGGCAGCACUAGUCGAUUGGAUCCCCAUUAACAGUCGGUUUUGUGCUGUUAGAUUAGAGAGUUCCAUCAAUGUGAGAAGAAAUCGGCGUGAGAAACGAUGUCUUUUCGUCAUCUCCACCUAUACCCCGACAGAUUGCCCGAUCUCACCAUUCCUCUUCAACUUUGCCAUCGAUGACAUUCUGGAAACAGCUCUGAUGGAUGUAAGUAAUGGCGGUGUGGAUCUGUUGCCUGAAGAAAGACUUCUCGACCUUGAGUAUGCGGAUGAUAUUGUCUUACUGUGAGAUAAUGCCCAAGGCAUGCAAUCCGCACUUAAUCAGUUGGCAGUCAGUGUCCGU